AUGGCCUCGAGGAACUCAUUCCAAACCCCUGCGAACCGCCCAAGCUCAUCGACGUCGUCAGUGCCCUCCCUUGCUGCAGUCGCAGAUCCACCUCCCCGCUACAUAGACGGUGCUGCCAUGGAUUACUUCGUGAUCGAGAUGGUCAACACUCUCAGGGCCUCUUCUGCAGUAGCCACUGCUCGCGUCAAGAAAGUGGAGAAGGAGUUGGUCGACGCUGGUCUAAUGCCGCCAAGUGCCCCUGCUCCUCCUACUCUCAAGAAAAGCCAGCUACGAGAUUCUAUCGGCAGCGAUGCAUCUCUCCAUCCCGUAUCCAAGGAUGGCAAUUGUGAAGAUGACGAAGAGCUCCGAGCCCGCCUAGAAGCCAUCGGUAUGCAUGUCGGAGCAAACAUGGCUGAGCGCCUCUGUCAUGAACGCGGACUAUUCUCAGACACCUUGGAUGCAAUUAAGUUCAUCUGCAAAGACUUGUGGAAUGCCUGUUGGGAGAAACAGGUCGAUAACUUGAGAACGAAUCAUCGAGGAGUGUAUGUCCUGCAAGAUAACUCCUUCAAGCCCCUGACUCGGAUAUCCGGCUGGGAGGGGCGGGCAGAGUCGCUCAAACGAGCCAGAGUUUAUGUCGCCAUGCCUGCUGGGAUCAUUCGCGGUGCCCUUGGCAGACUCGGCUACCAGGCCACGGUAGUGCCUGAAGUAACGGUGUUGCCACAAUGUACUUUCCAAGUGAAACUGCCCAAAGGCUCAUAA